CUUGGCAUUAUUUAUCCCCUCUCCCUCUCCCUCUCCGCAACAACCCGUCCCCGCUUCCGUCCUACGCCGCCGCCGCCGGAUUCGCUCCCGUCUCCGGCGGCCACGCCCAUUCCCCGCACCCCCACCUUGCGUCCUCCGCCAGCUCCUCCCGGCCGCCGCGCAACUAUCUCCACCCCACGAUUACAGCGACCACGAGACCAGCAACGCCUCCUUCCACCAACGGGAAGGAUCCAUUCAGCCAGUCCACGCACACCGCGUCUUUGACUCGCACUCCGCUUCCAGAUCUAGGCGGACGGGCCGAGGAACGAUGAACGGAGGCGCCGCCCCACCGUCGGCGGCGAGCGCGGCCGCGGCCGCCGCGACGCCGCCUCACCGGCGGCUGCCGGACUUCCUCCAGAGCGUGAACCUCAAGUACGUCAAGCUGGGGUACCACUACCUCAUCACCCACCUGCUGACGCUGAUGCUGCUUCCGCUGAUGGCCGUGAUCCUCCUCGAGGCCGGGCGCACCGACCCCGACGACUUGCGGCAGCUGUGGCUCCACCUCCAGUACAACCUCGUGUCCGUGCUCGUCCUCUCCGCCGUGCUCGUGUUCGGCGCCACCGUGUACGUGCUCACCCGCCCCCGCCCCGUCUACCUGGUCGACUUCGCCUGCUACAAGCCGCCCGCACACCUCCAGGUGCGGUUCGAGGAGUUCAUGCGCCACUCCAAGCUGUGCGGCUUCUCCGAGGACGCGCUGGAGUUCCAGCGCAAGAUCCUGGAGCGUUCCGGGCUCAGCGAGGAGACGUACGUCCCCGAGGCCAUGCACGCGAUCCCGCCGCAGCCCACGAUGGCCAACGCCCGCGCCGAGGCCGAGACCGUCAUGUUCGGCGCGCUCGACAACCUCUUCAAGUCCACCGGCGUCAAGCCCAAGGACGUCGGGGUGCUGGUGGUGAACUGCAGCCUCUUCAACCCCACGCCGUCGCUGUCGGCCAUGAUCGUGAACAAGUACAAGCUCCGCGGGAACAUCCGCAGCUUCAACCUCGGCGGCAUGGGUUGCAGCGCCGGCGUGAUCGCCGUGGACCUGGCCCGCGACAUGCUGCAGGUGCACCGCGGCACCUACGCCGUGGUGGUGAGCACGGAGAACAUCACCCAGAACUGGUACUUCGGGAACCGCAAGUCGAUGCUGAUCCCGAACUGCCUGUUCCGCGUGGGCGGCUCGGCGGUGCUGCUGUCGAACCGCGGCGCGGACCGGCGGCGCGCCAAGUACUCGCUGAGGCACGUGGUGCGCACGCACAAGGGCGCGGACGACAAGGCUUUCAACUGCGUGUACCAGGAGCAGGACGGCGAGGGCAAGACCGGCGUGUCGCUGUCCAAGGACCUGAUGGCCAUCGCGGGCGGCGCGCUCAAGACUAACAUCACGACGCUGGGCCCGCUGGUGCUGCCCUUCAGCGAGCAGCUGCUCUUCUUCGCGACGCUGGUGGCGAAGAAGCUGCUGAGCGCCAAGAUGAAGCCCUACAUCCCGGACUUCAAGCUGGCGUUCGAGCACUUCUGCAUCCACGCGGGCGGGCGCGCGGUGAUCGACGAGCUGGAGAAGAACCUGCAGCUGAGCCCCGCCCACGUGGAGGCGUCCCGGAUGACGCUCCACCGGUUCGGCAACACCUCCAGCAGCUCCAUCUGGUACGAGCUCGCCUACAUGGAGGCCAAAGGCCGCGUCCGCCGCGGCCACCGCAUCUGGCAGAUCGCCUUCGGCAGCGGGUUCAAGUGCAACAGCGCCGUGUGGCACGCCCUGCGCAACGUCAAGCCGUCGCCCGACAACCCCUGGGAGGACUGCAUUGACCGCUACCCGGUGGAGCUCGUCGACGGCUUCCCCACGCACAAGCCGCAGCAAUAGUCCCUAGAAGUAUCAGCUCUCUCCUGUAUCCCAACCCGCCUCCCCUCCUCUCCUCUCCACACAUCCAUCCAUCCAUGGACACAGAAAUCUUAGCCUCAAAUCCUCAUCUGGCUCAUCUAGCUGGCUACUAGUGACAUAUACACCGGGCGAGGGCGGGUCUGCUUUCCCUGGACAUGAAUGAUUGCAUUGGAAGAAUCUCUAGGCUUUCCCUGCACAGGUCUGCUCUGCUCUGUUCAGUUCUGUAACCAAGUGUUCGGCAGCAUUCGGUCUUUGGUGUGUACUUCAUGGAUCAUUCGGUCCGAGAGUCCGAGCGAGAGCAUGGUCCCCCUCCCCCAGCUUGUGGCUGCACCUGAACCUGAACCUGAGGGUAAGUUUUGAGUAGUGCUGAUGAUUGUUAUAUGAACAUUUGUCUGUUCAACCAUUGCUGCCAGCAGCCGAUUGUCAUUUACCGGCACUCUGUAGUGGUCCAGGCUCUAGAUUACAGGGGAAGGGCCGCUCCUUCCUUUCAUUUCUACCAAAAAGGUCAUGUUGAUGACGAGGAAGGAGUGUCUUGUGUGUGCCGAUUGACGGAUCGAUCGAGUCUCUGUUUGUCGUGUUCAAUUGGAAAUCUUGCCCUUGCUCUUAUUUACUAUGCCCUAUGUAUAUCACUGGCAGGCUUUGAUUGAUGAGCUGAUUUAUGAUU